ACAAAGGCCUUCAACAACCUGGAAAGUCUGAUUUUCGGCAAGGGGUUCCAAGCAAAGGUCUUUCCUGAAAUUAUUUCCUGUCUCCUGCUGGCCCUGUUUGCAGCUGGACUGAUUCAUCGAGUUUGUGUCACCACUUGCUUAAUCUUCUCCCUGAUUGCCCUCUACUACAUCCAGAAAAUCUCUUCCACCUUCUACCAAACGGCCACCCCGGUCUCUGUACCGGUGAAGACGGUCAGCAAAAGCCGGAAGAGGAAUUGACGAUGGAACAUCGGAUCUCUCUCUCUCUCUCUCUCCCUGUUCUGGUUUCCAUCAAUGAAUUUCAAUAAAACCUCUCCCUCGGGGGAUUUCGUUAUAUAUCUAUCUAUCUAUAUAU